GACGUGGCGGGCACGGCGUGCGGGUCCCGCAGGGCGGUGGACCCGGGGGGAGAGGGGGGAGCCGGCGGGCGGCUGUUGGCAGUGGGGCCCGGGAGCGCGAGCCGCCGCGAUGCCGCUGGAGCUGGAGUUGUGUCCCGGGCGCUGGGUGGGCGGGCAGCACCCAUGCUUCAUCAUUGCCGAGAUCGGCCAGAACCACCAGGGCGACCUGGACGUGGCCAAACGCAUGAUCCGCACGGCCAAGGAAUGUGGAGCCGACUGUGCCAAGUUCCAGAAGAGUGAGCUGGAGUACAAGUUUAAUCGCAAAGCCUUGGAGAGGCCAUACACCUCGAAGCAUUCUUGGGGGAAGACUUAUGGAGAGCACAAACGCCACCUGGAGUUCAGCCACGCCCAGUACAAGGAGCUGCAGAGAUACGCCCAAGAGAUCGGCAUCUUCUUCACUGCCUCUGGCAUGGAUGAGAUGGCUGUUGAGUUUCUACAUGAACUGAAUGUUCCGUUUUUCAAAGUUGGAUCUGGAGACACCAAUAAUUUUCCUUAUCUGGAAAAGACAGCCAAGAAAGGCCGCCCGAUGGUGAUCUCCAGUGGGAUGCAGUCGAUGGACACCAUGAAGCAAGUCUAUCAGAUCGUGAAGCCCCACAACCCCAACUUCUGCUUCCUCCAGUGUACCAGCGCCUACCCGCUGCUGCCCGAGGACGUCAACCUGCGUGUCAUCUCGGAAUAUCAGAAGCUCUUUCCUGACAUCCCUAUAGGGUAUUCUGGGCACGAGACAGGCAUAGCAAUAUCUGUGGCCGCAGUGGCUCUGGGGGCCAAGGUGCUGGAGCGCCAUAUAACUCUGGACAAAACCUGGAAGGGAAGUGACCACUCAGCCUCGCUGGAGCCCGGAGAGCUGGCUGAGCUGGUGCGGUCCGUUCGCCUGGUGGAGAAGGCCAUGGGAUCCCCCAUCAAGCAGCUGCUGCCCUGUGAGAUGGCCUGCAAUGAGAAGUUGGGAAAGUCUGUGGUGGCAAAAGUGAAAAUCCCAGAAGGCACCAUCCUGACACUGGACAUGCUCACAGUGAAGGUGGGUGAGCCCAAGGGCUACCCUCCCGAAGACAUCUUCAAUCUGGUGGGCAAGAGGGUCCUGGUUACCAUAGAAGAAGAUGACACCAUCAUGGAAGAAUCAGUCGAAAAUCAUGGCAAAAAAAUCAAGUCUUAGAAUAAAACACCAUUUUCUGAAUUUUGA